UCUCGAGCGCCCACCCGCUUUGCGACACAACACAGCACAACAACACGAACCCGAGCCGAGGAGGGAGCAGUCGCCAAAUCCAUCAUCGCUAUGGGAAUUACAGCACGAACGCAAAGCGAAAAGCUGCUUUUCACAUCUAACCCGAAGCUCGUCCAUCUCCCUAACACUGACUAUAUAAAGCGGAGCGGAGCUGCCAGCACUGGCCAGAAAUUGUCUAGUCAGGAACCAGCGCAUAAUGCGGAGCUGGUCUUGAUCCGGAGGUGUUCCACCUUAAUUAGGAAAAGUGACCUGUCUGUGGACCUGUCCGUGUUUUGAUGAUAACUGUUGGAUUCAACGAAGCUCAGACAAAAGACAACCAUGUCCAUCACUUGGACGCUAAUGCUUCUCUAUACUCUGCUUGGUGAUGUUUUGGUCCAGACUUUAACCUCCAGCCCAGGCACAGAUGGGUCCCUCUCUUCCCGUCACUACCGGCACGUUGACCCUGACACAGGUACCCAGCUUGUAUGUGACAAGUGUCCAGCAGGCACGUAUGUUUCAUCCCACUGUACCAAUAGCAGUGUGCGAGAGUGCACGGAAUGCCCAGCAGGCACCUUCACACGGGGUGAGAACGGUGUUCAACAGUGCCACCGCUGCCGAACUCGCUGCCAAGCACCUUUUGUUGAAAAGUCUCCUUGCACAGCUACUAUGGACCGCGUGUGUAUGUGCCCGCCUGGUACUUACGUCAAGACCGGAGAGUGCCUCCACCACCCAAUGUGCCUACGUGGUUGGGGUGUGAGGAAGCAGGUGAACAAGUUAGAGGAUGUGCGAUGCCGCCGAUGUCCCCGUGGCACCUUCUCUAAUGUGCCGUCACGUACACUGAGGUGCCAAACACACACAGACUGCCAUGUGCUAGGGAAGCUGCUGCUACGCAAGGGCACUGACAAGACGGACAAUGUAUGUGGAACCUCAUUGCUAGCCCCUGUCCCAUCCUGCUCACAUAGCACUGACCCUGCACUCAGAGCAUCAAUUGCAGAAUUAUCAAACCUACAAACUACACUUGGCAUGUCAGACAUUCUGACCCUCACAAGCCCCUUAGAUGAAGCAGGAGUCCUGAAUUCUCCAACACCAGAUCCAUUACCAUCAUGGAGUCUCCUUCCAGCUAAUAAACAGGCUCUGUCAGAAAGGAAGAACCAGGGUUUGUCUUACAGACCCAUCAGGAGAGGCUCACCUCGACCAAGCAUGCACAAGCACUUCGACAUCAAUGAGCACCUGCCCUGGAUGAUCGUACUGCUCUUGUUGCUGUUUCUUGUGGUGAUUGUGGUGUGCAGUGUUAAGCGCAGCUCGCGGGUGAUAAAGAAAGGACCCAGGCAGGACCCCAGCAGCAUCAUGGAGAAAGCUAUUCAUAAGAAGCCCAGCUCUCCUGCUGUGCACAACAAGGAGAAGUGGAUCUACUACUCCAACGGCCAGGGUGUUGAUAUUCUAAAAUUGGUGGCAGCUCAGAUUGGUAGCCAGUGGAUUGACAUGUACCAAUCCCUGGCUAAUGCUAAUGAGCGUGAAGUGGCUGCCUUCUCCAAAGGUUACUCAGCUGACCAUGAGCGGGCAUACGCCGCCUUACAACACUGGACCAUCUGUGAUAGUGAUGCCAACCUAGCCAAGCUGAUAAAUGCCCUCCAUCAUCACCGGCGCAUUGAUGUGGUUGAGAAGAUCCGUGGUGUCAUGGAAGACGAUCCUCAGUUUGACCUGAACCAGCUGAUGAUAUCUAUGAAUGUAAGCCAAGGCACCAGCCCCAGCCAUAAACCUCUGGAUACACUGGGUUUGACAGUGGAGCAUUCUCCCUUUGACCGCACCAAAGGCUUCUUCACUGAUGAGUCUGAGCCACUGCUGCGCUGUGACUCCACCUCAAGCAAAGACUCAGCCCUGAGCCGCACUGGCUCUUUCAUUACCAAAGAAAAGAAGGACACGGUUUUGCGGCAGGUGCGACUCGACCCAUGUGACCUGCAGCCCAUUUUUGACGACAUGCUGCACAUCCUUAACCCAGAGGAGCUGCAUGUGAUUGAAGAGAUACCGAUGGCUGAGGACAAGCUGGACCGUCUGUUUGAGAUUGCUGGAGUCAAGAGCCAAGAGGCCAGCCAGACGCUGCUUGACUCCGUGUACAGCCACUUGCCUGAUCUCCUAUAGACUUGUUUCAUUCAUUGCUACUUAUAGACAUUUGCAUAGAGUGAACGAGACAGAGAGCAAGAGAAGGGCAGACAAACAAACAUACACAAGACUUCUGGAAAAGUCACACAAGGGUUUCGAAGCGUAUUAAAAGCCAUUGCUAGCCAAAUGUAGCUUUUAUGCAUUAUCCUCUUUACACUCUAGAGCUUCUUGUUUGGUUGAUGAAUUCUAGUCGCACAUUCAUAAUGCUGUAACAUACCAGCAUAUUCACGCCUCAACAAUGUCUAAAACUAAUGUACAUUAAUGUAAUUGACACUUUAGUUAGGUGAUUUGCAAGCUCAGUUGUAGAUCCUACAGCAUUCUGCCAAACAAAAAAGGCCUAAUCAGUAAAGCCUAAAGAUAUGCAUGUAGUACUUCUACUUGAAUUGAUCUAUCAAUAUGUGAAUGCGCUUCUCCAAGAAAUGAACAACAAACAUGCUUGAUAUAUUAUUUAAUUCCCAGCUGGGAAUAGAAGAUAGAACAUUUACUUGACUAACUUGGCUUUUUAAAAUCAGUAGGGUGAAGAUCGAGGAGGCUAGUUAGGACCGACUAUAGAGCUGUUUAAUGGCUACAUACAGGUGCUCUUAGAGUGGACAAAUAAGGGCAAAUAAAUAAAAAUAUGCUUACACAGCCCCUGAAAAACUGCCAUGUUGUCUACUGUCUUUUACAUGCAAGCUAGAAAGGUCACACAGGGGUUUCUACAAAGUAAAAGCUGCUAGUCCUCUGUAGCAUUUUGUGAACUGUUUGCCUUGACACCUUGUGUUUACGCUGUACCAUCUGUUAAACUGCAGCAUAUUCUUUCACACUUGUCAUCACGACGUCUAAGAGUAAGAGCAUUCGUUGGUAUUGAUGUAACAGUUAAACCUAGUUCCUGAUCCUACAGCAUUCUGCCAAAAUGUGUUAAUUCUGACUGUACUGCUGUUGCAGCUUUGUAUAACAAGUUGAUUUUAAAGGGCAUUUCAAAGCAACACUACUGGCUGCCACAUCAUUCAUGACUGAAGAAUUGGUCUGUGCUUCUUUAAGAAAUGAACAACAAACAUACGUGACCCUUUUUAUUGAACCCCAGUUCAAAAUGGCAGAAGCAACACUGGAACUUGAGGCAUAGGAAGUAGUUUUGUUCAUAUAGUUUGUAUUUCAGCUGAUGAGAUGUGGUAGGCAGAAUCUAUCUAGUGAGCUAGAUGUAACUACAUAGUUGUUGAAACAUCAAAUUUUGGCACUCAUACCACCUCCUUUUUAACAACAUGGUGCACAAGAUUACUUGACCUUUCGUUGACUGUCAAAAAAAAAAAGUGUUGGGGAAGCAUACUGGCAGCUUUUAUGACUUCUGCUGGAUUGUAAUCAACAGAUAGAAACUCAAGCAUAGAAUAAAAUGUAAUGUGUCAAAAGUAUGAAGCUGAACAAGUAUGAACAUUAUAUUUCCGGUCACAGUUUUAAGCCCUAAAACAUGUAACCAAUAUAUUUACUAUUAUGUAAGAUGAGAGAUUGAUG